GAAAGGAAAGAGAAGAAGAAGAAAGAGCCAGAAAGGAGAGAGAAGAAAGAGCCAGAAAGGAGAGAGAAGAGGAAGAAGAAAGAGCCAGAAAGGAGAGAGAGGAGAGAAAAAAAGGAAAAAUAAGAAUGCAAGAAAAGGAAAAAUGGUUUAUGGAGAAAAGAGAACACGACAAAACUAGGAAACAGCGAGAGGUGGAAGAGAGAGCCAUAGUGAAGAGGGAAGAAGAGGAAGAGAACAGGGAUAAAAGGGAAGAAAAGGCCAAAUGCGAAAUGUAUGAAAGGAAAGACUUGUGGACGGAAGAAACGGAACUGAUAACAUCGAGAAGCAAAGUGGAGAGAGAAACCAGGGAGAGAAACGCGAGGAAAAGAGAAGAGAAGAAGAAAUUGUUGAAUGAAAGAGAGAAGCUGGAAAGAGCGUUGAAAUGGAGACAACCGGAGGAAGAAGAAAAUAUAAUCGUCAGAAGAAGCCAAAACUACGUUAUUGAAGCGUGGGAGAGAGAGGAAGAGAACAACCUGCUGGAGAUGGAGAAGCAGAGAGCCGCGCAGAGAAUGAAGUUUUUGAAAGCGAUAUGGAGUGAAGAGGAGGAGGAGGAGGCAAAAAGAAGAGAGGCAGAACUGAGAGAGAUGUGGAAAAAGGAAGAAGAAGAAGAGAGAGUAAAGAGGGAGGAAGAGGAGGAGCUUAACAUUAGGAGAAGGGUUGCGGAACUAAGAAGAAUGUGGUUGAGAGAAGAGGAGCGAAUCAGAAGAGAGGAAGAAGCAGCAUCACAAAGAAAACGGGAGGAGGAAGAGAGAGCGAAGAAGCAAAGAGAGGAAGAGGAGGAAAGAGCAAGAAAGAGAGAGGCAGAGCUAAGGCAAAUGUGGAGGAGAGAGGAAGAGAGAAUACGUAGGGAGGAAGAAGAGAAAGAACGAGCAAUGAGAGAGGAAGAAGAGAGGGCGUUAAGAAGAAGAGAAGAAGAAGAGGAAAGAGCCAGAAAAAGAGAAGAGGAACUAAGAGCAAUGUGGAGACGAGAGGAAGAACUCAGGCUUCUGUGGAGGAGAGAGGAAGAGGAGAGAAUCAGGAGGAAACGAGAAGAGGAGGAGAGGACCUUGAGGAAGAAAGAGGAAGAGGAGGAAAAGAGGAAAAGGAGAGAGGCUCAAGUAAAGGCCAUGUUACAGAAAGAAGUGGAACUGAUGGCAAUGUGGAAGAGAGAAGAGGAGGAAAGCUCACGGAUCAGAAGAGACUAUGAGGAGAGAGCCAAGAGGAAGAGAGAGGAGGAAGAAAGGUUGCGAAGGAAGAGAGAGGAGGAAGAGGAAAGGGCCAAGAAGAGGGAGUCAGAACUUAAAGACAUGUGGAAGAGAGAGGAGGAACUGAGAACGUUGUGGAGGAUGGAGGAAAACGAGAAAAUCCAAAGAAGAAGGACUGCCGAGAAGCAUAAACGAAAGAAGGAGGAGGAGGCAAGAGCUAAGAAGAGAGAAGAACUGCGGCUCAUGUGGGAGAAGGAAGAAGAAGAACGCGAACAAAGAAAAAUGGAAGAAAUACUAAGAGUCAAGCUAAUCAGAGAGGAAGAGGACAGAAUCAAAUUAAUAGAGGAGGAGGAAACAAGGAGCAAAAAGAUAAAAGAGGAUGAAGAAAAGGAGAUAAUGAAGCAACUGGAGGAAGUCAUCGCGAAACGGAAAGAGGAGAAGAAACAGAAAGAAAGAGAACUAAGAAACAGGGAGAGAGAGAUCAGAGCCACUUGGAUGGGGGAGGAGAAGAGGAGGUGCGAUACGAAGAAGAGACAGGUGUUGGUGUUAAAGGAGUGGAGCAAAGGAGAGGAGCGGAGGGAAACAAGAGCAAGAGGAAUGGACGUGUCGAGGAGUGACGGAGGAGAAGAGGACGACCCAUGGUGGUGGAAGGAACCCCACGACGACUAUAUAAACGCGUUGUUGGCUGACCUUCAGAACACCAUCACGCCCUCCCAGGCCGCCACCCCCCAGUCCCCCGCCCACCAACUCACGCCCACCUCCACCCACCACAAUGGCCACGACAUGUACCGCCAGGAGAGGGUGGAGGAGGUGCGGACGGAGCAGCGGAUUGGUGAGGGCAGCACCAAGAGCGCCGUCCUGAACAACAACCUCUCGGAACUGGACACCUUGCUGGAGGACCUCAACCAGGCGAGGUACUCCGGCUUCAAAGAACCUGUCACCAACGGGGCCGUCAAUGGAUCACGCCCCUCCGUCGACUCUCUACUGGACGAACUCAACAGCGUGGACACCAAUAACCAUGAGGUGUUGGAGCACCACACGGUACACAAGGAGUUCCGCACCACGCACCAGACGCUGCCCUCCCGAGCCCCGCCGCCGCAGGCCACCCCAGUCCCUGUCGCUAUCACCCGCCCGGCGGCCCCCAGCCAUGCCUCCGCCUCCACGGCCACCAAGGAGCUGGAUGACCUCAUGGCAUCCCUCAGUGACUUCAAGGUAAAGGAGGGCACAGGAGCAUCCCCUCGUGACGAUAUCGUCGGCGCUCCACUUCCGGUUAUCACGAGGAGCGAGAAGACGGAGACGAAAAGGAUGGCGGUGGACGUGUCCACUUACAGCAGUAAAGUGGAGGCAGAGGCCGGAGGGAGAGGCAGAGGCAGAACACCGCCGCCUCGCCCGCCCGUUCCGGACGACAGCGACUUGCUGGCCGUGCCGCCUCCCCGCCCGCCUGCCCCCAACACCUAUUCAGCCUCUCCUGUGCCCCCACCUGAGGCCUUCUUGUAUGGGGCGCCUCUGGUGUCCUCAGUGCCCGCCCAUUACGGCGUACCCCGGAGCCCUGCAGACGACCCCUUUGUGCGGCCUCCCUCAGGUGGCCCCGUCAAGCGAAACGACGCCGAGUACCGCUGGAUAACGGAUGAAACCAAGUACGAGAUGACUGAAGUGGUGGAGGACGAGACCUCGCAGAGAAAACAGGAGAAGCUGCGCAGUCCUGCUCUUGUGCGCAAGUUGGUCAACGCCAGCAGCCUACAAACCCAAGUAGACUCGGCCUACGCUAGGCCGCAGAAGCCAACGAAGAGUCCCUCCCCUCCCGCUCCAGUUCCAUCUUCAGCUUCGCCUCUGAAGGAGUCCACCCCCGUGCCGACCCCGAAGGAACCCACGCCUACACCCACGCCCCCGCCGGCGAACCAACUUGAUUCUAUGCUCGGCUCUCUGGCCAGCCACAUGACUGAGCAGGGCGUUACCACCACACAAAAGGGCUGCUGCACCGCCUGCGACAAACCCAUCGUGGGGCAGGUGAUCACAGCCCUGGGCAAGACCUGGCACCCGGAGCACUUCACCUGCACGCAUUGCAACCAGGAGCUGGGCACCAAGAACUUCUUUGAACGUGACGGCCGACCAUACUGCGAGCAAGACUACCACGACUUGUUCUCACCGCGGUGCGCCUACUGCAACGGGCCAAUCUUGGACAAAUGUGUGACAGCCCUGGACAAGACGUGGCAUCCUAAACACUUCUUCUGCACACAAUGCGGAAAUACUUUCGGCGAGGAGGGCUUCCACGAACGCGACGGAAAGCCUUAUUGCCGCGAGGACUACUACAACAUGUUCGCCCCCAAGUGUGCUGGCUGCAACUCGCCCAUCAUGGAGAACUACAUUUCCGCCCUCAACGCCCAGUGGCAUCCCGAGUGCUUCGUCUGCAGGGAUUGUCGCCAACCAUUCAAUGGAGGGUCUUUCUUCGACCACGAAGGAAUGCCAUAUUGCGAGACCCACUAUCAUGCAAAACGUGGCUCCCUAUGUGCUGGCUGCAACAAACCCAUCACUGGCCGUUGUAUCACUGCCAUGUGUCGCAAGUACCAUCCAGAACACUUUGUCUGCUCAUUCUGCCUGAAACAGCUCAACAAAGGCACAUUCAAAGAGCAAAACGACAAACCCUACUGUCAUGCCUGCUUCGACAAGCUUUACGGCUGAGCUGGCCUUGUCAGCACCCCAAGCCAGGCUCCUUCUUUAGACUUGGGUCUUUCCAGUGCUACUCAUCUCUGUUAGUUGGUCGGACACCUGACACAACACAGAACACAUCUUUUGAGUCAUUGGUAAUUAAGUAUUCACUCCUCAAUUUCGGAAAUAAGAAGAAACUUGAAAAACAACUAAGUAGAAUGGUAAAAAGGUUUUACAAUAAGUACAACAUAGUAAGACAUCAAAUUUUUUUCAGUCUCCCAUACCCACUUCCCUUCAGUCUCAAUCUCAAUCAGUCAUAUUUUCUCUAUUGCCCUUUUCAUCUUCACUAUUACUUCUAUUGUCCUUACUACAGUCUGUUCCCUUGUCCACAUUAUCCACUUUCUUAUUGCAAACUGUGUAAAUGUAAUCAUGUGUAUAAGAAAAACAGUUAUCCAAGCCAUCAUAAUCAUUCUUCUGCUAUCUUUCCUAGUUUAAUUCACUUACUCCUUCACUCCUUUUCUCCCCCAAACUUUUAUUACCAACUUUUACCAUGUUUAAUCUCACCCACAGAUUUUGUAAUUUCAUACCACAAAUUAUCUGUCGUGCUUGAAUGUAGUAGAUAUGAGGGAACUUUCCUAUGUAGAAAUGGUAUGCUGGCUGCACCACAAUGUCUUCAGCUUCAGUCCUUGCUUGAAGUACAGUUUCUUUACUUAAUAUGCAUUUUAAUUAGUCUUAAGGUGAAAUAUUUUUUGCAGGUUAUUUUACUGAUCAUAGGUGCUCUCAAAAUUGCCUAUUCCAUAUACUGUUGCUUAUCACAAGUUUGUGGUUCAAAUUAUCAUUCAAAUAAAAAAAAAUAUUUGCUUUAAGAACCCCUUCACUACGGCCAGCCCAAAACAACGCCCUGCGCCGUAUCCAGGAUCGACGCGCGCGCCAAAUUUCAAAUGUCGCUAUUGAAUAUAACAAGUUUUCUGCCAUAAACUCAACAUAAUCAUCAUGUAUUAUAUAUGAAAAUAUGCAGAAUUAAAUGGUGCACAUAAAGAAACAUAAAUUAAUUGAUAAUUUUGAGAUGUAAGCAUAAAUAUAGAUAUAAAAUAACUUGUAUAUUGGCUAAAGUGAGCCAGGACGCAGUAUGCGCGUCCUCAGAUAUGGUACGGGGCACGCAAGGACGCAUUAUACGCGUCCUCGUGUUGAAGGGGUUAAACUUUGCUUGAGAGUAAAAGCUUAUUUUGAUUUUAUCAUAGGUUAAGUCUGAAAUAUUAUUUUAUAAUAAGAUAUAUAAGAUAUUAAUAUCAAUACAUGUGUAUUAGUGUAUUGGUGUGUGAAGCACAAAGGGGAAGAGUUAUUUGCAUUUUCUUUGCCAGUCUAACCCUCAGAUUUCUUGUGACGGAUUAAUCCAUGUCCACACCUGAGGUCAUGGUUUUAUCGUCAGAUGUUUGUUCAAAUUUUUGUAGUUAUUGUGUGUUACUGUCAUAAACUUGAUCUAAUCAAAUUUAACAUCUGUUGUGUAUGCAAUAACAUGACUGAAAAAUUAACUCUUAUAGAUAUAAGGAACAUUUCAGUGUGUUGGACAUAUUGCAUUGGUCAGGCACUAAGAAGCUACUACUGUAAUUACAGUUUUCCUUGAUAGUCAAGUUGAAGCUCAUUACUAAUUAGCUUAAAAGUAGGCAUUAAUGUUUAACAGUGCACAAUGAAAUUUCGACAAGUUUUGUUUGUAACUCUUUAUGAAAAUCUAUUAAGUUGAUUUUUUUCAUUUGUAGCACUUAUAAACCAAUUAUUGUUGUCUUCUUGUUGGAAGAAUUAAAUGAAAUUUAGUUCAUUGAAGCUACAUGUGACAGAUUAUUAUGGAUUAUUGUGGAUCAAAGAAUUCAGUCAGAAGCAAUAUUGAUUUGAAAUGUAAAGGAGCACAUUCAGGUUUCAAAGGCAUCAUGAAGUCUUGCAGAUUUAUGGAAAAAAAUUCAUGUAACUACCUGAACCUUUAUCUUUGGACUUGCCAAGUGAUUUUCUUGAGACUUCUAAAAAGGAAAGUUAAUAGUUGGAACUUAUUGAUUCAGCUUUAAAUAUUGUGAUGAACACUGUAUUUCAAAGGAAACAUCGAGCAGUGUAGCUUCAUAGUCAUUAUAGAGGUGCUGUGAAGGAACUUUAUCAUGAAUUUCUGGCAUAUCUCAGCAGCAUAAGUCCAUACAGGAAACAGGAAAGCUACCUUGCCAAUGAAUAUCUGAUGCUGCUGUGUGUUUUAUUGUAAUUCAAGGAUGAUUAACUAUUGUUAAAGAAAGAAGAAUCAUUUAAUGUAUGCUAACUUUGCUGUGGGUACACUUUUUUUUUUAAGUAAUAAGCUAAAUAUACAUCUUCAUAUAAAUAAACAAUCUCUCUCUCUUCUCUCUCUCUCUCUCUAUUUUAACUUACACACACACACACACACACACACACACACACACACACACACACACACACACACACACACACACACACACAU